GACGUCCUCCGGUGCAGAUCGGUGCUGCUGCUAUUUGCUUUUGCCGUAGUCGGAUGCCCGGCAAAUAUUCGGUCUGUCGUCGGAUUAUUGAACAAAUGAGCAUAUGUGCGCUCUGUUUAAGUGACGACUGAGUGGAAACGAUUUGGCGGCAGUCAAUUCAUUGCAUUUUCACGCAUCGACGUGGAGCGACGCGACUGUGAGUUUGAACGUUGUAAUAGCUUACGAAUAAGGAAAGCAGCGAUGUCAAUGUGACGCGUGUGCUUAUUGUGUUUUAUUUUUUGUUACAUCUUUGAAUGUGGUUGGUGAUUAAGUGGCUUCAGGCGAAUCUGUUUUAAGUGUUUUCCAGCCUAUCGCAAUUGCUUUAAUCCCUCGAAUAGUGUGUAAUGAGUGUUCUUUGAUAUUCGCGAAAUUUAAAAUGGCAAUGAUAAAGUCGAUGCAUUGAUAAAACCUAAGGGAUGCGUGAGUUUUCAUGUGAACUACAUAUGCCCAUAUACGAGUAUUUGCCCACACUGACGUAUACUCAAUAAAAAAUAAAACUUACGCGCUCAUUUGCUUGUAAUAAACCGUCAACGGGUCAGCAUAUAAAGUUCGGAAGUGUGACAAACCAAUUAGAGUUUCACUUUGUGUUGCGUGUUAAUUAUAUCUAAAAGAUACUUGGCGGACGUUAAGCAACAGCGACGUUGUCGAGGGCGCUGACGCUGAUGCUAACAACAACAGCAAUGCUGAUAGUGAUGGAAUGCGCGCACAGUAGCUAAUGGAUACUUUUAAAUUAUAAAAAAAAUAACAACAACUAGUAAUUGGCUACGAGCGAGUAUACUAACAUACGGAUAUGGAUAAAAUCGUAUAUUACUUAUGUGCGUGGCUAUUUUUCGAAUCAAUUCAUCUCUAAUGACUUGCUGAAGAGCUGAACAUAGAAUGGUUAAAUUCAAUGCGGAAACUGUUAAAAUGGAAAAUGGCACUAAUGCUGGUAUGAUCGGUGACGGCGGUAAAAUGACCAAUGUUCUCAACACACCGACCCCAUCACCCUCGCGCACACCAAACCAGGUGCGACUGAGGUCGGUGAUGGACGAAGAGGAUGGAGCUACAGCUGAAAACACACAUUUGGACGAUUUGUACACACGAUAUCGCCAACGAUUGCGCAAGUCCCUCUUCAGAUCUGGCCUGUUGAUAUCGCUGAUGGCAUGUGUGGUCUCUAUAUUUAUUGGUGUCAUUUACGAGCAAGGUUUGCUUCAGACGUGUCUCCUGGCGCUGGCUGCCAUAAUAUCUGCGGGCAUAUUGACGGCGCUGCAAUUCCCGGCGGUGCUUAGUUCGCCCGUAGCCGCAUUAGCGUUUGCUAUUGUAACCACUUUCUCGCUGGGAACGAUAGCAGCAAUUACGGGUGAAAAAUUGGCGCCAUUACCAUUAUUUGCCGUUUUCCUAGGUAUACACACAAUGUUGCCGAUAUCCUGGCCAGUAUCUGUGGUAUUGGCAUUCUUCAUGACGGCUGUUCACAUUAUCUAUCGCAUUACAACCAGCGAGGACUAUACGCCUAGCCUACCAUUGCUCUUUGGCGAAAUUAUCAUGUUGGCCACGGCAUCCGUUUCCGGCCUUUACUAUCGCAUUAUGUCAGAUGCGGCACACAACCGGACUGUUGACGGUACACGAACAGGAAUUGAACAGCGCGUCAAACUCGAAUGCGAGCGGGAGCAACAAGAGCAGCUGCUGUUAAGCGUUAUACCCGCCUACAUUGCAGCAGAGGUGAAACGUAGUAUUAUGCUCAAGAUGGCUGAUGCCUGUCAACGCGCUGGAGGCCAGACCACUACAUCAGCCACACGCUUUCACGAGCUGCACGUCCAGCGCCACAACAAUGUGUCAAUUUUGUAUGCGGAUAUUGUAAAUUUCACUCCAUUAUCAGAGCAACUUUCUGCCAGUGAUCUAGUAAAGACACUGAAUGAUCUUUUCGGGCGCUUCGACCAAAUCGCAGGGGAAAACCAAUGCUUGCGUAUUAAAAUUCUCGGUGACUGCUACUACUGCGUGUCCGGACUGCCCAUAUCACGGCCGCAACACGCUGCAAAUUGUGUAAACAUGGGUCUACAGAUGAUCGAUGCCAUAAGACAUGUGCGCGAGGCAACCGGAAUUAAUGUCGACAUGCGUAUAGGUAUUCACACUGGUAAUGUUCUUUGUGGUGUCCUUGGUUUACGGAAGUGGCAAUUUGACGUUUGGAGCGAUGAUGUUACGUUGGCGAACCACAUGGAAAGUGGCGGUGUAGCGGGGCGAGUUCACAUCACUAAACAGACUUUACAGUUCCUUGGAGACAAAUUCGAAGUAGAAGAGGGAAAUGGCGCCAGUCGAGACAGUUACUUGGCAGAUCAUAAAAUCGAAACAUAUCUAAUUGUGCCCCAAAAGAAAACUACUUAUCCACAUGGAGUUCCACAAGUGAUCGAGAUCACUUCUUCUGCAGAAGCGCAGCCUAACGAUUGCGAUGUCACAGAACGACUUUUACCCAACCCCACCCCUACAAGCAUCUCUAACGUAAAUUUAGCAUUGGCUAGUGGGCAGAAGUCACCAAAUCAAGAAGAUGCACUUUCUACUGGAGCUAUUAGCGGCAUUAGUUGUGGGGUUUUGCCACUUGAACGUGGAAAACUGUCCCCAUCAUCCACUAACAGCCAAGACCCAAUGAUAACCACAUCUAUGUCUAUUAAAGAACUGUCGGAAGACGAUGAAGACGAUACGGUAGAGCAAUCAUCCAAUCCACUAGGGCGGAAAAAGCACCGUGGCAGUGCCGAUUCGAACACGGCCUUGGAAGAAACGCAAACUACAGGCGCUAAAUCAUCGUUGUCAUUGCCAAAUGCAUAUUUAAUGAGUGGGAAUCCAUGCAAUGGUGGUACGACAGAACCAGGUUGCAAUGCCAAUCACGUCGCUUUAACUAAUUCAACGGCUACAACAGCGGCUACGAGCAACAAUUUGGUAGUCGCUGAGGGACCAGAAAAGAUACGACGCAAACUCUCGGUGCAAGGUCUUAUCUCUUUCGCGGACAGAAGGCGUUCCUCGGGCGCCUUUUCAGAGAGUCGGAAACUGUCCAUCCACAGCGGUGAGAGUUUCCGCAGCCACGUUGGACAUGUUACGCGCAAUCGUCCAUCCUCCAAAAUGACCAAGUACGUGGAAUGCUGGGGUGCGGACAAACCUUUUGCUAACAUCGCGGAAUCGAAACUAGUCAAAAAUAUAGGACUAGCGAGCAUUGCCAUGAUUGAAUCCAAUCUAUUGCCACCGGAGCGCAAAUGUUUCAAUUUCAAUUUCUUCGGACCUCCUACGGAGCUGAAGCCGUUUACUAUGUGGUACCGCAACACCCCGCGCGAGGCAAUGUACCGCGCCCAACCAGAUACGCAUUUCCGCUUUGAUUUGAUUUGCGCGUUCGUGCUUUUCCUCUCAAUUGCCCUCAUUCAACUGAUAGUUAUUGAAAAAAAUAUUGCAUUGAUAGGCUCACUAGCUGCCAGUUUCAUUUCGCUCGCCCUGUUUCUGUACCUUAGCAACAUGCAGGUACCUGAAAUUAAUGCGUCAACGACAGACCGCAACGGCCCCGGUCAAGUGGUGGCCAGUAGUCGAUAUCUUAGACUUGCGAUAUUCAUCAUAGUGAAUAUACUAAUAUCGGCGUGUGCGAUAUUCAGUGUGAUAAACUUCGUCACCAAUGUCAAUAUUGAACCGAUGAAGUUAGAAAGUAAUCUAUCCGACUCAUCAUCAUCAUCAAUAUCGAAUGGCACAUAUUCAGCAGAUGUCAUUUACACGAAUCUGCAGAUUCCUUUAUAUAACUCAAAUCAGAUAGAGAAUGCGCCGAUUUAUAUGUUUUGCUGCGCCAUUAGCUUGGCAGCAGUUUCUGCAUUUCUGCGCUCCGGCUUCAUUCUUAAACUGGUUACCAUGGUUGUGGCCCUCAUCUGUCAAAUUGUCAUGCUGAGUUUUAGUGACCUCUACAUAGUAUUUAAUCUGCGCCAAAUUAAUGCCUUGCCAAUAGAACUGAAGGGAUUCCUUUUAUUGCUUCUGGUGAUUGCGGUGCUGCACACACUGGACCGUCAGGGCGAAUAUGUGGCGCGCACAGACUUUUUGUGGAAGGCGAAAUUGAAAGUGGAACAGGAAGAAGUGGAAACAAUGCGUGGCAUCAAUAAGAUUCUUCUAGAAAAUAUUUUACCCGCUCACGUGGCCACACAUUUUCUUCACCAAGAGCGUUCGACUGAGUUGUAUCACGAGAGCUAUUCUUGCGUAGCUGUGAUGUUUGCUUCGAUACCCAAUUAUAAAGAAUUCUACGACGAAACGGAUGUCAAUAAGCAAGGUCUUGAAUGUUUACGAUUGUUAAAUGAGAUUAUUUGCGACUUUGAUAAGUUGCUUUUGAAGCCAAAAUUUAGUGGCAUCGAAAAAAUCAAAACUAUUGCUAGCACCUACAUGUGCGCGUCUGGUCUACGACCAGGCAAAGAAGAUGGCGCUAUGCUGAUGCGUAAUUUUGCGGAUGAGAAGCGUACUGAAGAGCACAAUGUGACCAUACUAGUAGAGUUUGCCAUCGCUCUGAUGUCAAUACUGGAUUCAAUUAAUCGUGAAUCGUUUCAACGGUUCCGGUUACGUAUUGGACUCAACCAUGGGCCGGUGAUUGCAGGUGUUAUUGGAGCACAAAAGCCUCAGUACGACAUCUGGAGCAAUACAGUUAAUGUUGCGUCACGUAUGGACUCAUGCGGGGCAAUGGGGAGGCUGCAGACGACAGAAAAUACAGCAAAAAUACUGAUGUCCGCCGGCUACGAAUGCGAGUGCCGCGGUCUAACUUAUGUCAAAGGAAAAGGCAAUCUAGUCACCUAUUUUGUAAAGACACAAUUCGAUGGAAAACUGUAAAAUAUCGAGAAUAUGCCCAGGUUGCGGAUAUUAACCAAUAAGAAAAAUGCAGCGAAACAAUAAGAGAUCCUUAUAG